AUGAUUAUGUCAGCGACCGGACGAGUGGCGUUCCUCGCGGCCGUCCUACUCGGACUACAGCAGGCCGGCCUUGCCUUCGCGGCCCCGACGUGCGAGCGAGUGGCUAGCCAGUGGGCUGUAAUCUUCUCCGCCGAAUGCACUCAGUGGUUCCAGCAGAUAGGGUCCAGGCGCGGCAGCCCACCUGAAUCGUGCAUACAGGACCCGACUUGGAACCAUUGUAUGAGCAACAUGCGCCACGACAAGCAAUUUACUAGCGCUGUCUUGGUGGAGAACUUUCCGUGGAACGAUGACGUCGUCAUCGUGGACAACGAAACCCCCGGGGAUGAUUUUUCGCUUCAGCCCGAACAACCUGUGCUCAAGUUCGGGGCCGGUAUCGUGAUCAUGCAGACGUCUUGGGACAUGGAGGACGGGUCGCUGUGGCAACCUCGGAUGUCUAGCAGCGCCGAGCGGGUAUAUGCUGAGGUCGAGUACAUCGCAUCCGACAACCACAGCUAUCUAGAUUUCGACCUCAGCGUGCGGUACGAGCCCGAGCACCCUCCUCCGGGCAGCCUCGCCCGAGCCCUUUCCGAAGACGAUAAAGCGCCCGACGAGGCAGAUGUCGAGGAGAUACUGGAGCUCUCCGCGACCCCUCCUCCCCUGGCACAAGACGCCAAUGGCGACCUUUCGUACGAACCAGCUUAUAUCUACAGCUACGAGCUUGAGUCGUACGACUUCAGCUACAACUUCGAGCUGGAGGACCUCGACUCGUACUCCUACGAGUUCAUCGACUCUAUGUUUGAAGAGGAAAUAUCGCCUUACUCGCAGACCUACAGUUACAACUUCCGUGGCGGGGAGGAAGUCUCAGUGCCACCGCCCAGUGCGGUUCAGUCGGUCACUUCAUUGGACAUCUACGUGUGCACGGACGAGGACAUUAAUCUCGCCGAGCUCCGCUUCAACUGCGAUCUCGAAAACGAUGGCGAUGCCCAAUGCUUCGCCGAGGCUGGGGAGCCCAACGUCCGUGCUCUUCAGAUUCACGUGAGAAUGAAAAAAUAUAUCGAAUUUCCGCGUCUGAAGUUUUGGUGUGACGUUGUGUUACUUCAUUUGUGUCUUAUCUUCGUCAUCUCCUGCGUCUUCUAUUUUCUCUGCGUUGGUUCGAAAUGCGAAUGUGAAGAACGCCAUGGUACAAAGUUGUCCCAUCUCGACAUCAGAUACAGAAAAUCAGACACCGUUACGCUUGCGGUCACCAGACAAGCGCAGCAGGGCAUGGACAUGUACUGCGACAAAGUUUGCCUCCCCGGUCAAGAAGGGGGACUCUGGUGCGACAUCUUCGGCCUCGAUGGAUGCCGCAUGUGUACCGACGACUGCACCUCCAUCUGCGACGGUGAAGCAUCUUGUAGCUCGUGCAUCCUGUGCGGAGCCCCAAGGGCGCCACCGGCGCCCUCGCCAACGGACGGCUCUCGAGGCAUCCCCAUCAUGUCUGGUUCUCCCACCAUGGCUCCGUCCGCAGUAGAUGGCUCGCGUGGCGUCGAGACGAUGUCUCCGACAUCGUCACCGACCAGCUCUUUGUCUAGUGGUUCACGUGGCAUCGAGACCACGAUGUCCCCGACAUCGUCACCAUCUUCCGGUACUCAUCUGACUCCCGCACCGUCCUUCGAGGAUGGCAGCAUGGUACCACUAGAGCCCUCGUACGUGGCUGCACCUACCAGUUCUGCCGAGCCAACUGAUGGCUUGUCGACUGCUUCUCCUGCAGCCGGGGUGCCAAUACUUACGGCGUUCCCCACCCCUUCACCGACCGCGACAGACCGGGAGCUUCCUGCGGCAUCUUUGGCCCCCACCAAUGCGGCGGAGACUAUCUCGCCGUCUAUCACGGAUGGGACCGUGCUUCCGCUAGGACCUUCGUACACGGAUGCACCUACCACUACCAUCGAGCCAACCAACAGCAUGCCCAACACGGUGGAAACCCCUGCACCGACCACAACUGACCGGGAGCUUCCUGCAGCAUCUAAGGCUCCCACCAACGCGGUGGAGACUACUGCGCCUUCUUUUACGGAUGGGAGCAUGCUAGAACCUUCGUACACGGAUGCACCUUCCACGUCUACCGGGACAACUGACGGCAUGCUGAUUACGGUGGAAACAGCUUCGCCGACUACAACAGACCGGGAGCUCCCUGCAGCAUCGAUGGCUCCCACCAGCGUCGUGGACUCUACCUCGGCUCCUACCGACGGCAUGCCGACCACCGUGGAAACCGCUUCGCCGACCACAACAGACCGGGAGCUCCCUGCAGCAUCGAUGGCUCCCACCAGCGUCGUGGACUCUACCUCGGCUCCUACCGACGGCAUGCCGACCACCGUGGAAACCGCUUCGCCGACCACAACAGACCGGGAGCUUCCUUCACCGUCUAUAGCCCCGACCAGUGUGGUGGAUUCUACCUCGGCUCCUACCGACGGAAUGCCGACGACCGUGGAAACCGCUUCGCCGACCACAACAGACCGGGAGAUCGAUUCACCAUCUAUGGCUCCCACCAGCGUCGUGAAGACUACCUCGGCUCCUACCGACGGCAUGCCGACGACCGUGGAAACCGCUUCGCCGACCACAACAGACCGGGAGAUCGAUUCACCAUCGAUGGCCCCCACCAGCGUCGUCGACUCUACCUCGGCUCCUACCGACGGCAUGCCGACGACCGUGGAAACCGCUUCGCCGACCACAACAGACCGGGAGAUCGAUUCACCAUCGAUGGCUCCCACCAGCGUCGUCGACUCUACCUCGGCUCCUACCGACGGAAUGCCGACGACCGUGGAAACCGCUUCGCCGACCACAACAGACCGGGAGAUCGAUUCACCAUCGAUGGCUCCCACCAGCGUCGUCGACUCUACCUCGGCUCCUACCGACGGAAUGCCGACGACCGUGGAAACCGCUUCGCCGACCACAACAGACCGGGAGAUCGAUUCACCAUCGAUGGCUCCCACCAGCGUCGUCGACUCUACCUCGGCUCCUACCGACGGAAUGCCGACGACCGUGGAAACCGCUUCGCCGACCACAACAGACCGGGAGAUCGAUUCACCAUCGAUGGCUCCCACCAGCGUCGUCGACUCUACCUCGGCUCCUACCGACGGAAUGCCGACGACCGUGGAAACCGCUUCGCCGACCACAACAGACCGGGAGAUCGAUUCACCAUCGAUGGCUCCCACCAGCGUCGUCGACUCUACCUCGGCUCCUACCGACGGAAUGCCGACGACCGUGGAAACCGCUUCGCCGACCACAACAGACCGGGAGAUCGAUUCACCAUCGAUGGCUCCCACCAGCGUCGUCGACUCUACCUCGGCUCCUACUGACGGAAUGCCGACCACUUCGCAAACUGCUUCGCCGACCACAACAGACCGGGAGAUCGAUUCACCAUCUAUGGCUCCCACCAGCGUCGUCGACUCUACCUCGGCUCCUACUGACGGAAUGCCGACCACUUCGCAAACUGCUUCGCCGACCACAACAGACCGGGAGAUCGAUUCACCAUCUAUGGCACCUACUACCUCCGAGACCCUUGAGCCGUCGGUGUCGCCUACACCGGGAUCAACUGGUUAUGAGACUCCAUCCCCUACUCCUGGUAUGAGGGGGGUCUACAGGGAGACUCAGUCCCCGACAACGAGCGAUGGAUCACGGGGCGGGCUCAACUUCGAGACCCAAUCACCAACUGCAAGCAACGACCUGUCGCGGGGAGGAAUCGACUUCGAGGCGCAGUCGCCAACCAGCGCCUCGCGCGAGAUCGCGACGACCUCUCCCACUUCCAGCACGUUGCGCGGUAUUCCGAUUAUGUCCGCUUCUCCCACAUCUGGCGUGACCUUCACGGAAUGCACUCCCGGCGACUCUGACACUUGUUACGACCAGCUGGAGCCUUCGAUGAAGGGCCUUCUGGUGGAGCGGAGCCGCGGGCUGACUUGCGAGGAGAGUUGCCUCAUCGACGGUGGUUUGUGGUGCGACGCCUUGGGGCUCAGCGGCUGCCGCUUCUGCGCGACAAGCUGCGAUAACUUCUGUACCGAGCAAGGCCUCCCGGACGACUGCGAGUGCAUCGAGUGUUAAAAUAAACACUUAAACCACACAGCAACCCUUGAAGUCGCGCGUGUUCGUAAUCUUUGUGGUUGACACGCGCCUUCGGCAUACACCCGUCUGGGGACAAGUGUGAGUUCUACGAUUUGAGCUUCGCGAUGGGAAGUAGAAUAUCAUAUUUUUUGGAUGGAGGCGGGGCGACCCUCGCGCGCGGUGGACGAAGCGAAGAGGUUAUGCUCGGUGCAACGGGUGCUGCCACAACCUUCCCAAGGCAGAAUUCAUUUGCUACUGUGUGUCUUGUAUUGUAGCGUCUGCCGAACUUGCUAAAGGCAGAAAUUGUGUCUGAUUCACGCGGGAGUAAGACUACGGGCAAGGGUAGUCGAUAUUGCGGGGGGCGGGGGGAGGGGGGGUGCAGCUCGAUUGUUGUCACACGACGUUAUCGAAAAAGCGGGAGCAGAAUCUGGAGCAGUACAGUUGAAAUUUUCAUACGGGUGGUUCAUUUUUGCCGUGUUCGAGGUUUGGCGGCUGGAGGGGGGCUGGGCAAAAUUACAGUUUUCAGGGGUGGACGCGCCCUGUAGCGAAUGCCUAAGUGUUCUUCCUUGAUAUUUUCCACACCGUCAGGGUUGCUAACUGUUUUUUGCUAUUGGCUUGUUUUUGGCUUGAUUUUUUGUGGUGGUUUCAAUCGCGGGGGGACGAAGACACUUUUGGGGGCAGACGCAAUGUAUUUUAGAUUGCGCGGGAAAAUUGGGCAGAGCUUCAACAGUGAACUUGACGUGGUAUCUAAUCAAAACACGGGUUUAGCGCCUGCCUCUGUUGCUUGCUAAGCGCGCGCGACAAGUCAAAGUAUGGGUGUGAAGAGUUGAACUCAUUGCGUUGUCGUCUUCUGUCGCAGCUUUUUUGCCAACUCUGGGGAUGUUUGGCCGCUAUGCC